CAAGAUGCGCCUUGAAGUUGUGGGUGUGUGCAAGUGCUGGGCACUUGGCUCCUUGGUUCUAUUCUUGCUUCUUCGGGCCAUUGAACGUCUAUCCUCAUGUUAUGCUGCUGAGCUGUUGCCUGGCUUCGCUGCGUCCAGCGGGCUGCUUGACAAGGUGAGAAGGCGAGGCGGGUGUCAUGGCGCGGCUUUGAGGAUGGCAUGCUCCCCCUUCCCCAUUCUGUUCGAUUGCGAUGGUGUUCUCGCCGACACCGAGAGAGAUGCGCACCGACCUGCAUUCAACCAAGCAUGUGCGUAGGUACCUAUAUGUACAUACAUAUGUGAGUGGCCUGCAAGGCACACGCAGCGCAGCGCACCAAGCAUGCCUUCCACCCAUCUGAUUUUUUUACCUCUUGGAUGCCCUGUGUGCUGUAUGUACCUGCAGUUCGCGAGAAGGGGUUCGACGACGUGUGGGGUGUGGAUCUGUACGGCCACCUGCUGGAGGUGGGAGGCGGCAAAGAGAGAAUGACGGCCUACUGGAAUGAAAAGGAGGGCGGCUGGCCCGACGGCUACCGCACGCCAGAGGAGCAGGCGGCCCUGGUCAAGGAGCUGCAUUUGCGGAAGACGGCCAUAUUCAACGACCUCAUCAACCAGGGACAAGUCCCACUGAGGCCGGGGGUACGCUACGCUACACUACACCACUCAGAGGGACCUGAGGGGAGGGCAGAGAGCGUAUGUUAUGUCCUGGUUUGGUUGCUGUAUCUAUGUGCCUGUGCAGGUCGCACGCAUAGUGGAUGAGGCCAUCGCUGCAGGCUGUCCACUCGCCGUCUGUUCCACAAGCAGUGACAAGGCAGUCACGAACCUGGUCAACGUCCUGCUCGGUCCCCAGCGGGCCCCCCGCUUCCGCAUCUUCGCCGGCGACAUUGUGGCCAAGAAGAAGCCAAGCCCCGACAUCUAUCUUCUGGCGGCGCAACAGAUGAACCUCGACCCAUCCAAGUCAGUGCAGUGAGUGUGUGAUCAGAUCAACACAGCACACCCAAUCAGCUCAGCACGUGUUGCUUGGCAAGCUGUCGAUUGGAUUGCAUUCGUUGGUCUGUUCUGUGCAUCCAGGUGUUUGGUGAUAGAGGACAGCGGGAUAGGUCUGAAGGCUGCCAAGGCGGCGGGGAUGCGGUGUGUGGUGACCAAAUCAUCCUACACCCAAAAUGAAGACUUCUCCGGGGCCGACAUGGUCAUUGCCGAGCUGGGGGACCCCCCACACCAGUGUGUAUCACUGGACGAGCUGGCGAGAGUGCUGUCAGUCGGUGUCUGACUGACUGAUCCAGUGAUCGAUUAGAUCAUGUUUACCUGCCGAGGGGUGCGGUGCGUCUUGAUGAGAGAGAGAGAGAGAGGUGCAUAUGUGUGUGUGUAUCGACAGACAGACAGACAGACAGAGAUUACGUCCGUCGUAAACAAAAGGCUCACACCAUGUUGGUUCAUUUCACUCGUUCAUUCCGCACCAGC